AUGGUCUCCAGUUCUUCAACCAGCAUGCCAUCAACUCGCACCAUUACCACUCCUUCUCCAACCGACGACGAUGAAGACGUAGAAGUGGUGUACACCCCCUCCACUUCUUCUACUUCCUCCUCAUCCCCUUCAUCCAUCCGCCUGACGGCCGCCGGAAAAUGCAAAGCGGAACUCAAAUCCGGCAAUAUAGGCCUAGAAUUAGAAGAACCCCCCAACCCCCGCCACACCACCCUCACCAAACUCAUGAACCUAAUGGACCUCUACCCCCUCCUCUACGUCCGCGGCAUCCCCGACAGCGGUAAAGGAACCGUGAGCCAAUUCCGGCGCGAUAAUUUCAUGCUGAUGACUCGCGAGCAAGAAGCGCAUAGUUUCUUUCUUCCUGUGGAUAAACCGCUUGAGGAGUUCGACUCUGAGGAAGAUCUCCUCAAGCAGGUUGUUAAUUCGUUUAAUCGGCUAUGUAAAGAACCGCGGUUCUUUUUCCUGGUGCUUUAUUUUCUGACCCUGUCGGCGUUUAUGGGGGUUCGGUUUCUUGAACUGGUGGUUUUGCCGUAUUUGCCGGCUCCGGGGAAGGGGAUGAGGGGGUUGAGAUAG